AUGAAAUCUCUGGUGUUGGAUUCGACGUCUUCCAAGAAACAGUUGGCCUACCUUUCGCGUGUCCGCAAGCCUGCGGACAACUACUCUCGGUGCUUUAUGGUAAUGUCGACUUUCCUUCAGGCGCUGGCAGAUGGCCGUUGGAAUACUCUCCAUUUGUAUUCUCAUAUUCUGUACUGGAAUGUAGAUAAUGACGGAAUAUGCCUUAGUUUACCACACAUAGAAAUACGUACAUGCUCGACUCAGACCGGUUACGGAGUAGAAUUCUUUGGUGCUCUCCCCGCUGCCAAAUGUCUAGAUGAAGUCUGGCCAUUUGCAUCUACCAGAAAGCGUUUUGGUGAUCCACCUAUGCCGAUUCAGCAGGGUAUCUAUAACGGAGAAUGA